UUUGCGUUUGGUUUUCGUGGAAAGGUCUCGUUCGUUUUGCUUCUGGGUCGUGAAUUUGUUUGCAAAUGCAAAUGGAAUAAUUUACGAAAAUAUAAAUAAAUACUCUAUAAAUACAUAAUUUAUCAAACAUUUCGUUUGUUUUUGUGUUUAUAGAUAUUUUACCAGCCUCCUAAUCUACUGGAGAUGGUUUCAAUGUUUGAUCUUUUUCCCAAGAUCUAAUCCCAUAUCUAGCAUAUCAAACUAUCCGGCAUUUAAUGUAAUCCAUGUUUUUAGAGCUUAAUGUCGUAUUUUGAUUUUCCUAAAUAAAGUGCAUUUAAAAAACACAUCAAAAUGAUGAAAAUAGUUGCACUCAAUGAAUCCGAGAGCGAAGAUGAAGCAGCCGAUGAAACUAUUGUUACAGAUGAAGCCCAGGAAACUAUUGCUGAAACUGAAUAUAUGCGAGCCUUAAAGUACAAGGGUGCAGGCAAACCCGAUUUGGCUCUUUCAUUGAUGUUGGAGUUGUUGGAAACUCGUGUUUUGAAUGAGGUUUGCAUGGAGAGCAAUAAUGAAAAACUAAUAGCCAUUCGCUAUAACUGCCACAAAAAUAUUGCUUUGAUUUAUGAAGAAAAAAAGGAAUUCCAAAAGUCCCUGGAUCAUUUUAUGCAGGCAAUCCACAUUGACGAUACUGACGUCUAUACUAUGCAUCGAUUGGGACAACUUGCUCUCCGAUUACAUGUUCUGGAUAUAGCUGAUUAUGCAUUUGAAAAAUGUCUCAAACGAAAUCCAAACCACUGGUCUGCUGCCGAUGGCAUUCUUCAAGUAAUGUGUUUAAAUCAAAAUUUUAUGGGUGCCUACGGUUGGGCCCUUAAAUGGUAUCUAAAAGACAACAAAUAUGAACGUGCACUUGAUGUUCUAACUGAAAUAACCGAAAACUUUCCCGAUUUAAUUGAGUUUUAUCAAACUAUUUGGAGUACACCAUUUGUUAAGCCAAUCGGACGCACUUCCAAAGGAAAAAAAAGUGUGUUUCCCGAGGCACGAGAUAUACCAGAAGUUAAAACUAAAAUCAUUAAACCAGAUCUUGAACAAUUUCGAGUAAAGAAACUCGAUUGGCUUUCAAUUGGAAAAUACAUUAUUUCAGUUUACAAUCAUUUACAAGAAACAAAACAAUGUUUAUUUUUCAUUCUGAGUGUGGAUGAUUUUCUUGAGCAACCCAAAGACGAAGACUGUGAAAAAUUAUGUCGAGAUAACGAUUUUCCACAGGUGACUGGGUCGGCAGAAAGUAAUGAAAAUUCAAAUGAGCCAUCGAGCAAUUCAAAUCAAUCACCUGCUAGCAAUAGUCCGCAAGAAGAGAGUGUUAGUUCGGGAAAUGAUGCUGCUGUUUUUAUAACCCCAUCUACUGAUAAUAUUGGUUCGAGAACUCCUCAGCAAGGCAAUGAUUCGAAUGCUGAAGACUCAGAUACAAAUGCAAAACAAGAGACUGAAACUAGCAAACCAAAGCCGAGAAGACGUUGUAGCGAUUUAAGUUUUCUCGAGCAAUGGGGAUGGCACAAAAACCGCAGACAUACUUCUAGAAAAAAGAGCCAACAGGAAAGGCCAGAAGUCGAUACCACAUUAAAUGGAUUCUUAAAACGAAUUUUCGCUAAAUUUACUGAUGAAACAUUUGAUGAUUGUUGGCCAUUUAAAUCACUUGAAAACGAUGAAAAAUGUCCAACAAGCGAGGCACAAAACUCAUACAAAAGGCAAACAUCUGAAAAAUUAACAUCUUUCGAAGAAUUUCAAGCUGAAACUCAAGAUGAUUUCAUAAAGUUCCUCGAAAAGAUGAAAGCCACACCAUUUGAUUUGAUUCUUCUCAUAUUUCGUUGGCUGAAAUUUGUUUCAAAAUAUUGGGACAAAUACAUGGGAGAUGAUAUGAAAGCUGCAUAUCAUGAAAUUUGCACAAUUUAUCUGAACCACUACGAAAUGGUUACUUGGAAUCAACUGUCCAAUGAUAACUUUAAUGCUUCAUACCGCAUUUGCAUGUUCUUCCUGGAACUUGAUUUGGAAAUUACUAUUAAAUCAGAUAGCGAAAUAAGUUCUUUGUGGCAAAGGUUAUUCACACAUCUAAGCUUCAAUUCUGGAUGUGCAUUUGUUAUUUCUGAUGAUCUCUAUGAACGUAAUAUUAUUCGUUUAAUACACAUGGAAUAUUGCUGGGCAAAAUAUGAAAAUCGUUUGACUCAAUGUGUUGAAAGUUUACAGCAUUUGGAAGAAUUGAUCGGCGAACAGUGUGAUGAAUUUUUCUUAGAAUUCCCGAAUAUGAACGAAUCGAAUUAUCUUGAUAGCGAAACUGUUAAGAUAACCAGAACUGAAACACAGAGAAAAAUUGGAUUAAACAAAGUUAGAGAUUUGUAUGAACAAAAACGUUGGAAGGAGCUGAUAGUGAUCCUUAAAGAUAGCCUUAUAAGUAGCAAGGAAGUAAAAGAUAGUGAAGCUUGGGUCAGAGAUCUACAAACUCAAUUUGAAGUUCUGUUGGAGUCGAUUUGGCAAACUGGCGACUUUGAAGAAUGUCUUAUGUGGGCAGAGAGAUGUAUGCAGUACGGAGUAUCGAAGUAUAUUGCAGAACCAGGAGAAACUUAUAGACAGAAAAAAUGGGCCGAAAAUAUUAACUAUGUAUUUACGUACUUAGAAGCUCUAAUACUAAAUGAAGGAUAUCAAAUACUGGAUUGUCUUGAAAAGUUCUUACCGCGUUUGGUGCAAAAUGUUAUUAAACUUCUGGCAUAUCAGUUAGAUGCUCCAUUUGAUAAAAAUAACAAUCUACAACAUCCUUUGGAAAUAAAGCGGCCUUGGAUAGUCUUACAUCAAGUUUUAUUAAGAGAAGAAAAUAACAGUCCUAUUGUUAUUAAAACUCGUCCACUUGAUUUCACAAUGGAAACCGAAGAAAUCGAAGAUUUACUACCUCAUUCCUUUUUGACACUAUUUACUGCCCAUGAGUUUUUAGGAAAACGACAAUGGUGUACUCGUGAUAGCGGCCAAUUGCUUUUAUAUACCAUCGAAAUGAUUACACCCAAUUUAAGAGCUCCUCUUUAUGAUUCUUGUCGUGAUAUUGUCAUGGAAUAUAUGGAACAGACAACGUACUGCCUAUAUGGUUAUCCACCGAAAAAAGCUCGAUCACGCCACAUUGAAGAACACGAAGCAACUUCAGUGGAACUGACAUGGCAAAGAGCAAUUCAAGUUUUCGACCUCUACCGACCAGAAAACUUGCCAGAAUUCAAUUCAUAUAAACUCGAAUCGAUUUCAGCUGACAUGGAGCAGUUGUUGCUUAAGAUUGUUCCACUAAUUCCUAAAGAAAUGGAUCCCACUUCAGUAAUUUCGAAUAUUAACGAUUUUAUAUCAGGUGCAAGGGAUUUACUGCCAGAUAAUUGUGUCCUUCUGCCGUAUAGAAUAUCGUGUAUAUAUUACCUGUUGGCAGAUUAUUACUUUAAGAGUAGGGACUUUUCGAAAACCCUAAAGUAUUACCCAUUGGAUCUAGCUUGUCAUCCAGAUCGGUUCGAUUCAUGGGCUGGAAUGGCUUUGUCCAAAGCUAGCAAAAUUGAAACAAAACUAAAUGGAUUUUUGACAAUUGAUAUUCCAACUUUUAUGAACGAGUGUGAAGAUACCAUACGCUGCUUCAAACAGUGCACAAAAUUGAAUCAUGAACAAGUACUUGUCUGGAUUGAAUAUGGUUCAUUUGCGUAUACGUUGCAUUCAUUUUGUUCUAGAGAUUUGAAGCAUUCAUCAGAUACUCUUUCUUUGGAACAAUUCACUUCUGUGGAAGAUCGUAAGGAUAAUUUUCUUAAAAUCGCCAACGACUGCUUUUCGAAAGGUGAUGCUAUGUUGCAAAAUCAAAAUGAAGAAGAAAAUGACGAUGACAAUGAAUCGCAUGAUGAGAAGUGGUUAAAUCAGUAUAUGCUAGGCAAAAUCGGAGAGAAACGAAAGGAACAACCCUCGGCCUAUAUGAAUCAUUAUUUAACAGCUGCAAAUUAUCUCUAUGAAAACAAUGCAACGUAUCCAAUUAAAAUUAACCACAGUAAUCCAACAACACUAUCCGUGGAGGCGCUCGAAAUGUUUUAUAGGACUAAUGCAGCAAUAAUUAAAUUUCUUGAGCAUGAUAAAGAGAUCUCACGUGAAGUUGGCGAUCUAUUCAAUCAGAUUCUGAAUAAUUUAGCAAAUAGUCCAUUUGCUUUUAACAAAGCAAAAAUUGAUGAUAACAGUUUAAAUGCAUUUAAACGCAAAAUUGCGGAUAAAGUUGAAAGUAAUGCCAUUAAACAGGCAAAAUUGGGUGAAGCAGCAGCGGCUGCAGCAGUUGUGCAAACUUUAAAUCAACCAGUAUUAACGGAAGUCAGUGAAAGUGUUGCCCCAUCUGCUGCAGUUGCUUCGCCAGCUCCUGUAGCUAUUCCGAUUAUUGUAGAACCUCAAAAAGAACCGGAAUCUUUGCUUAAGCAAAAAAUAGAUGUAGCGGAAAGUACAGACAGCGUUAAUACGGGAAACGUUACAGCGGCUACAAGCAAAGGAACAAGUCCUUCCCGCCGAGCCUCACAGGAAAGCUCAGCAACUAAUUCAUCAAGCACAGUAACGGGAACUACAAGCUCAGCUUCAUCAUCCAGCACCUCCGAUUCAUCUAGUUCUGAUUCGGAUAGUUCAGACUCAGAAAGUUCAUCAACCGAUGAUGGCAAAAAGCGUGACAAAAAUGCUCCUUAUUCCGAACACGAGUUGGAAGCCAUUUAUCGUUCAUGUGUUCGAAAUUUGGAAGAAUGUGUUACUAGAUUCCCAGAACACUACAAAUCUGUUUAUCGUCUAGUUCAUCAUUAUUUACAUGCACCUGAAAAACUGAGAGAUCUUGAAAAAUGUCGCCAGCUCCUAUUAGGCCAAUACACUACAAAUUUGGGCAAUCAAAUUAACGGUCUCUUCUCUGAUCGUAAGAAUAAUAAUAUUUUCAAUGGAAUCUGGCGAAUUCCUUCAUCGGAAAUCGAUCGUCCCGGAAGUUUCUCAUCGCAUUUAGUCAAAUGUGUUAGCAUUCUUAUUCAAGUUCUAAGAAAAUCCAACAAUCAUAAACUUCUUAUAGAUGUCGCCCUGCAAUUAUAUCGUACUCCGGAUAAUGAUAAACGCUACAUCAAAGAUUCAGAACGAAUGGAACUAUAUCAGCAAGCAAUGACAUUCUGUGUUCAAAUUAUGCGAAAUAUCUUGAAGAAUAUAACAGAAACUCGAGACAAUGUAGAAACUUUGAAUCUUUUAAUCGAUAUUUACAAAGCGCAUAAGAAAUGUAUCAAACACAUGAACCAAAAAGAGCCGCUCUUCAUUCAGUUGCUGGUUGAUGUUUAUAAGUUUUACAUUCAAGACAAAGUAGCUAAAAUGCCGGAAAAUUUGAAUCUUGUUGAUUUGGCAAUAAAAUUGUGUCUUCAAGAGAUUUCUGUUCGCAAAAAUCAAGAAAAACAAGCUAUGGCUGUUGUUACAAGUGGACAACAACACCAACAACAACCAUCUGCUAAUACCACUGGAUCGGGAGAAACAUUGCCAAUUGGUCCGAAGCCAUCAGCUGCUACUGUAAAUGUGCCAACAACCGUUAAUAAAAACGUUCAAAUUCCUGGCAUCACAUCUCGAGCCCGUGGUCGCCCAGUAGGGAGCAAAAAUGCCCCAGCACAAAUCAGUACAUCAACGAUUCAGCAGCAACCUCCUGUUCCGUCAGCUUCUAUUCAGGCAGGCUCUAAUCUCAUGAACCAGUCAUCAUUGGCCUCACUUAUGUCCCUAUACACAAGUCAAUCGAUGUCAAGUCAAGUGACAAAAGAUCACGCUGCUUUCCAGAAACUAGUCGCUGAAUAUUAUGCUCUGCUAGGAGGACCUGCAGCAUCUGGAGCAUCGUUGCUUCCCAACUUGGCUGCUCCAUCAAUGAAUCCAAUUCUAAAUCCAUUAGCGGCUUUACAACCCCUUAAAACCCCAGCAGCUCCUAAUAUUCCUGAAGUUUCUCCACAACAAACAACUGCGAAGGUUCCACAAUUUGAUAUCAAAAACUUAAUCGCGUCGGCAGCAUCACAAGUUUCAAAAACUGCAACUUCGUCUCAUUCCCAAUCAACAACCAUAAACAUUGGGGGAGGUGAAUUGACAAUAACUCCCACUUCCUCUAAAAUAACGCACCUUAAAGAACCUACGACUGGAUCGUCUAAGCUCUCUGCAUCGAUGCCAUCAAAUUCGUCGUCGAUUUCUGUUACAAAAGUCCCAGCUCAUUCCCCAAAUAUUUAUGUCAAACCAUUGGCUGAUAUGACAACCAAAACACUUCUCCCUCCGAAACUUCCCGAACUGCCCAAAUCUCUUUCAAUUACGCCUUCCACCAGUUUAUAUCCCGUUGAAAAAUCCCGGUCUCAAAAGAUGCCCAACAUGUCUUUGAUACCUGAACUGAAAAUGCCUGAUAAACCCCAGGGAAAAGCCAAGAGCUCUUCUAAAAAGAAACCUGUUCCAGCAACUCCUUAUACACGUCCUCCUUCCGUCCCGCCCCCGAAUCCACCAGGAGUACUUGCCGGUUUAUCAACUGCCGAUUUAACUUCUCUAGCUGGCCUAAAUCAGCAGUUUCCUUUGAUGAACAACUUCAGUAUGGAAAACUACAAUCAACAAGCUGCCAUGCUGACACAAUAUGCCGAGCUAUUGAAAAACAUGGGUUCUAGUAAUUCAAUGAUGUCUCAAAUAGCUCAAAUGUCCCAGUUUCAACAAUUCCAAAUGCUGGGUCAGAAGCGUCCUUACGCCAAACGUAGUCGGCAAACAAAACCGAAAAAACCUGCGCAAGACAUUCACGCCGCAGUAGAAUCGGCUUUGAAAUCUCUUUCGCCACAAAUCACAAUGAUUCCUUCAUCUUCAACGAAAACAUCAAAGCAACAACCUCAGCAAACAUUCAACAUGAAAACAUAUAAUUCUCCAGCUACUCUUACAUCAGUAGGACCACCGCCGCCACCUAUGUCAAUGAGUGCACCACCACCAGGAGGUCGAAAUACACCAAAACCCAUCCCGACACCCCCACCUUCUUUAACACCGGGACUGCAGCAAACAAGCCCAGUUAAAACUCUUCAACAAAAAUUAGCGGAACGUCAAAAAGCUAAUCAGCAGAUGAAUGAAAAUGCCCAAAAGCCAGGAGCUAGUGGAGGAGGUGGUAGUUCGUCAUCGGGAGGAGGUAAACGUGGCAAGGUUGAUGUUAUUAUCUUGGAUUAACUUAUUCUCUUUAUUUAUGCAGUCUUUUUCAAAUCGAAUUAUUGAGUAAGUGUCAUUGAAACUUAUUGGAUACUUUUGAUUAAGAUAAUAACAUAAUAUUCAAAUAAUAAAAUAAUCGUCCUUUCUAUUCAAAA